UUUUCUCCUCCUCCUUCUUCUUCCCAGCUGCCAAAGCAAAACUAAAAAUGGCAGCUUCACACUAGAACCAUCACUGAGCUUGAAUCGCAGCACAGAUUCCGAUACAAGAGGAGGCUCGAUUUCUCGAUGAAGAAGAAGCCUCUCCGAACCAAACAGCCUGAAGAAUCACAAACCCCAAUCCGCCGAAUCUUCUCAUCUUCUUCGUCUUCUCCAGCUUCAAUUCCACCUCCUGGCUCCGUACGCUCGAACCGCGAGGGUUGAUAACAUGUGCCGGCAGGAAUCGCACGUGCGGAUGUCGUCGGAGGAAGAGAUCGCCGCCGCCGCCGAGGAGAGCCUCUCUAUUUAUUGCAAGCCUGUUGAGUUCUACAACAUCCUCCAACGCCGUGCUAUAAGAAAUCCGGCUUUCCUUCAGAGAUGUUUGAGCUACAAGAGGGAGGCCAAGCACAAAAAGAGAAUACAAAUGACAGUGUCGGUUUCGAGGAAUGAGCGAGAAGGUGUACAAAGUCAGCAGCUCUUUCCUUUGUAUGUAUUUUUGGCGAGACUAGUUCCUGAUGUUGUGGCUCCAGAGUAUAAUGCUACAUAUCGAUUCAGUCGAGCUUGCAUGUUAAGCAAUUUGACUGGGGUUGAUGGCACUGGUCAACAUCAAGCAAAUUUUAUUCUGCCUGACAUCAACAAGCUCGCAUCUGAGGCUAAAUCGGGAUCACUUGCAAUUUUGCUUGUCAGCUUUGUGGGUGCGCAAAAUCCACUGCGUGGAAUCAGUUUGUCCAAAGGUCCAAUGGAUAUGGCAUCCUCCCCUGCAAAUGUAGGAGGGUAUUGCCUAUGGAGCAAGAUACCGCUGGAAUUACUUUAUAUAUCAUGGGAGAGUUCACCUAAUUUUGGUUUGGGACAGAGAGCUGAGUUGAUGUCAACUAUUGACAUGCAAUCUUGCUUUUUGAAGUUAAGUUGUUCAAAUGAGGACAAGUGCCUUAUGAUUGCAAUUCCGUAUAAUCCAGAAACUUCGAUCAUAUCCCAGCAAGUGCAGGUCAAUAUCUCUGCAGAGGAGCUUGGUGCCAGGGAAAAAUCUCCUUAUAAUACAUACAUACGUAAUGACAUUCCUUCUUCAUCAUUAGCUCAUAUUAUUCGGUUAAGGGCAGGAAAUGUGAUUUUUAAUUAUAGAUACUACAACAAUACGUUGCAAAGGACAGAAGUGACUGAAGAUUUUUCCUGUCCAUUUUGUUUGGUUAAAUGUGCAAGCUUUAAGGGUCUGAAAUAUCAUUUGCUCUCAUCGCAUGAUCUCUUCAACUUUGAAUUUUGGGUGACUGAAGAGUGUCAAGCUGUAAAUGUUUCUGUGAAAACUGACAAUUGGACAUCUGAGAUUGUUGCUGAUGGCGUUGAUCCUAAGCUACAAGUAUUCUUCUUUUGCUCAAAGCCACUUCGACGAAGAAGACCCAAGAGCCUAAAUCAAAAUUCAAAGCAUGUACAUCCACACGUCUUACACUCGGGCUCGGCUUCAGGACUCUGUGUGCUUUUGGACAAGGCUGAUGAUGCUCAUUCAAGUAAGGGUGAUAAGGCCAGGAUAACAGGGGUUUCAAGUUCAAUACCACAGUCAUAUGCUGAUCCUGGUUGUAUCCAAUCAUCAUCUGGAAACAAUUUUGCACCUUCUCAAAUGCUACUGUUUGCAAAGACAAGAAAAUUAUCAGUUGAACGUUCAGACCCUAGAAACUGUGCCCUCCUGCGGAAGCGACAAUUCUUUCACUCACAUAGAGCCCAGCCAAUGACGUUGGAACAAGUUUUGUCCGAUCAAGAUAGUGAGGAUGAGGUUGAUGAUGAUGUUGCUGAUUUCGAAGAUCGCAGGAUGCUUGAUGAUUUCGUUGAUGUAACCAAAGAUGAGAAGCAAAUGAUGCAUAUGUGGAACUCCUUCGUGAGAAAGCAACAGGUGUUGGCUGAUGGCCACAUUCCUUGGGCAUGCGAGGCAUUUUCAAGAUUGCAUGCACAUGAGCUUGUGCACUCCCCGGCCCUGAUAUGGUGUUGGAGAUUAUUUAUGAUCAAAUUGUGGAAUCAUGGACUCCUAGAUGCACGCAGUAUGAACAACUGUAACAUUAUUCUUGAACAGUAUCCAGACCAGGUUUUGGAUCCGAAGAGUUGAAAUAGAUUAGUUGUUUAUUGAAAUCGGGAAUACUCAAUUCAAAUGUGUUGCCGAUCCUAGUGAUAUGAUUAACAUUAUGUUUUAUAAUGUGCUUGAUUAUGCCCAUGAUUAGGACUUAGGCUGAAGGUCAUUUUGUAUCCAAUUUUCCGUUGUGUAAUUAGCUGUAACCUGUAAGUUAAAAUUUACAUCAGAAAAGAUAUGUAAGAACAGCAACAGACAAAAUUCAUUUUUUUUUUUAUUCAAUGUUCAGUUUCUUUCUUCCCUUGCAAUUU